AUGCCCGCCAUGCUAGAACCUUUGAUCCUAGGGAUGGACUUUCUCGCUUCCAUCGGCACCACCCUCCGAUGUGGUACGGCAAGCCUCACGCUGUCUCGGCGAAGCCCAGGAGAAGAUGAGCCGACCAGGCGUAUCGGAACGGAACACGGCAACCACACGGAACCACCACCUCGACCCCGACCACGACGACCACUCAGCCACGAAAAUACGCCCAGGACAUCGAGUACACCAUCAACGGAACCGCGGCUUGGCAUAGCCAAUCAUGACAUAGGAGGACCACAGAAUGACAGGGUUAUCAAUGUGCCCAAAGAGAACAACGAGGAAAACACAGAGAACAACGAGGAAAACACAGAGAACAACGAGGAAAACACAGAGAACAACGAGGAAAACACAGAGAACAACGAGGAAGACACAGAGAACAACGAGGAAAUAUCAGAAUAUCAACAGAGAACAACAAAGACGGAACGGCAGCAGAGAACACACGAGGGAUACCCGACGUAG